CCUGGACCAUGGUGCUGAGCGCCUACUGGCACGGCCUCCACCGGGGCUACUACCUGAGCUUCCUGACCAUCACUCUGUGCCUGGCUGCUGAGGGCCAGCUGGAGUCAGCCUUGCGGGGGCGGCUAAGCCCAGGGGGCAGAAGGCCUGGGACUGGGUACAGUGGUUCCUGAAGAUGCGCACCUAUGACUACAUGUGCAUGGGCUUCGUGCUGCUCUCCUUGGCCGACACGCUUCAGUACUGGGCCUCCAUCUACUUCUGUAUCCACUUCCUGGCCCUGGCAGCCCUGGGGCUGGGGCUGGCUUUGGGUGGGGGCAGCCCCAGCCGGCGGAAGGCAGCAUCCCAGCCCACCAGCCUUGCCCCGGAGAAGCUCCGGGAGGAGUAAGCUCCCUGACGCUCCCUCUGCCAGCUGGUCCCAGGAAUUCUGUGAACCAGGCCGCUGUCUCCUCCCCAGAAAGAGUCCUUACCUUGGAGAGGGUCCUGGAGAGAAUUUCCUUUUCCCCAGCUAAAUACUCUGCCUGCAACUGAAGCAGACCUGGGGGUGUCCUCCCUGCCCUCCGCCCAGGGACCACCUCCACUCCUACAAAAUCAAAGUUUUGUCCAGACAAGAGUCUCGUGGGCCCCUGCUCCAGCUUCUGGGUAUCCAGAGAGCACUGCGCUUCCCCAAAACGGAAGGGGGCCCUGGGCAGUGGGUUUUGGACAAAUUCCCUUUCUUUGCAUCCACAAUGUGGGGUCAGAGCUUGGGGGCAGGUCCUGGGAGUGGGAAGCCUCUUCCUUGUGUCUUUCGCUCCACUUUUAGCUCAUUGCACCGAUAUUGCAGACUUGGAAGGAAGCAUAAACUUCCCAUUUCACAAAGGGGAAACUGAGGUGCAUAUGCGUGGGCCUGGGGACGGCCGUCCCAUAGCUUCCAUCUGAGCCACCUCAGGGGCCCCAACGCUCCUGGCACCCUCUUCUCAUCCCUUGGCCUAUGACAGGUCACCAUGUGUAAGUCUUUCCCAAUAAAGUGUUGCACAAAGGCAUUGUGUCUGUGCAGGUAUCUGGGUGAUAAACGGCAGGAAGGACUUAGGCCACGAAGUCCCGGGGUGAGGUACAGCUGCCCAGCCCAGGAACCAAACUGUCAGGCCUGUGGCACCAGAGGGACUUCAGCUCCCAGGAGACCUUUCGCAUCAGCGGCCCUGAGAAACUACAGGAAGUGUACCUUACUCCCUCCGGGCCACCUACUGGCCAGGUACACACCUGCCCCUGGCCCCUCCCUUACCUGGGGCAGUGUUUGUCCUGGUGGCCACUAGAAACAGCCCAGCCUGGGGCCAUGGAAGAAAACCCAACCUUGGAAUCAGAAGCCUGGUGCUCCUCCAGGGGGUGGCUGGCCCCCCAGGAGGCCAGAGGAGACUCCUGCCCCUCCCCAGGCCCAUCGCUGUCCUCUGUGCUGAACGAGCUGCCCAGUGCUGCCACCCUUUGGUACAGAGGCCCUGGGGUGCUGCCUUGGGGGGUGCCGGAGGAGGAGGAGGAGGCUGGAGAAAGGAGCAGAAAGGCCUUCACAGAAGUCACCCAGACGGAGCUGCAGGACCCUCACCCUUCCCGGGAACUGCCCUGGCCCAUGCAGGCCAGACGGGAACACAGGCAAAGAAAUGCCAGGGACCAGGCCUCUGGAACUAGGAGGGACCAAUGGGCGCGGCUACUUCGGAGGUCCAAGGAGAAAACAAAGGAAGGUUUGCGAAGCCUGCAGCCCUGGUCAUGGACACUGAAGAGGAUCGGGGAUGCGUUUGGCGCCGGCACAGAGUCCUACUUCUCCCUGCUGCGCUUCCUGCUCCUCCUCAACGUGCUGGCCUCUGUGCUUAUGGCCUGCAUGACGCUGCUGCCCACCUGGCUGGGAGGCGCUCCCCCAGGCCCUCCCGGCUCCAACACCUCCUCGUCCUGCGGCUCCUAUAACCCCCACUCCCAGGGCCUGGUCACCUUUGCCACGCAGCUCUUCAACUUGCUCUCAUUAGAAGGUUACUUGGAAUGGUCCCCUCUCUUCUAUGGCUUCUACCCGCCCCGCCCACGCCUGGUGGUCACCUACCUGUGCUGGGCCUUUGCAGUUGGCCUCAUCUGCCUCUUGCUCAUCCUGCAUCGCUCGGUGUCCGGGCUGAAGCAGACACUGCUGGCGGAGUCCGGGGAUCUGACCAGCUACAGCCACCGGGUGUUCUCGGCCUGGGACUUCGGCCUCUGCGGGGACGUCCACGUGCGGCUGCGCCAGCGCAUCAUCUUGUACGAAUUACAGGUGGAGCUGGAGGAGACAGUGGUGCGGCGCCAGGCUGCUGUGCGGAUUCUGGGCCAGGAAGCCAGGGUUUGGUUGGUGCGGGUGCUGCUCAACCUGCUGGUGAUCGCACUCCUUGGGGGAGCCUUCUAUGGCGUCUACUGGGCUACAGAGAGCAUGGUGGCGCUGCAGGAGACGCCCCUUGUUCAGGAGUUGCCACUGCUGAAGCUUGGGGUGAAUUACCUUCCGUCCAUCUUCAUCGCUGGGGUCAACUUUGUGCUGCCGCCCGUUUUCAAGCUCAUUGCUCCACUGGAAGGCUACACUAGAAGUCACCAGAUCGUUUUUAUCCUGUUCAGGACCGUGUUUCUUCGCUUGGCCUCCCUGGUGGUCCUGCUCUUCUCUCUCUGGAAAUAGAUCACUUGUGGGGGCGACUCCGAGGCUAAGGACUGCAAAACCUGUGUCUACAAUUACAAAGAACUUCUGUGCUGGGAGACUGUCCUGGGCCAGGAAAUGUACAAACUUCUGCUCUUUGAUCUGCUGACUGCCUUGGCAGUCGCGCUGCUCAUCCAGUUUCCUAGAAAGCUCCUCUGUGGCCUCUGUCCUGGGGAGCUGGGUCGUCUGGCGGGGACCCAGGAGUUCCAGGUGCCCGACAAGGUGCUGGGGCUCAUCUACGCGCAGACGGUGGUCUGGGUUGGGAGUUUUUUCUGCCCUUUGCUGCCCCUGCUUAACACGGUCAAGUUCCUGCUGCUUUUCUACCUGAAGAAGCUUACCCUCUUCUCCACCUGCUCUCCGGCUGCCCGCACCUUCCGGGCCUCCACGGCGAAUUUCUUUUUCCCCUUGGUUCUUCUCCUGGGUCUGGCCAUCUCCAGCGUUCCCCUGCUUUACAGCAUCUUCCUGAUCCCGCCUUCUAAGCUGUGUGGUCCAUUCCGGGAGCAGUCGUCCAUCUGGGCCCAGAUCCCUGAGUCUAUUUCCAGCCUCCCUGAGACCACCCAGAGCUUCCUCUUCUUCCUGGGGACCCAGACUUUUGCUGUGCCCCUUCUGCUGAUCUCCAGCAUCCUGAUGGUGUACACUGUGGCUCGGGCUAACUCCUACGGACGCCUCAUCUCUGAGCUCAAACGUCAGAGAGAGACGGAGGCGCAGAAUAAAGUCUUCCUGGCACGGCGCGCUGUGGCGCUUACCUCCACCAAACUGGCUCUUUGACCCCCGUAGCUCACGUCCCACUUUCAGACCCCAGGCCCAUUGUAAGCCUAGGUCACAACAUCCGUAAACUAGGAGAACUGGAGAAGACUCCACGCCCUUCCAGCUUUGGUAUCUGGAGAGUUCCAGGGCCCCUCGCCGCCACGUCCCUGACUGUCGCGUGAUCUUUCUUGUAUCAAUAAAUACAGUCGAGGUUGCUGAGCGCGCUUUGAAA